AAAAAUAUAUUAUCCAUUUAUAACAAGAAUUUGAAUAAGAAUAAGAAUACAAAACAAAACUUUACAGUUUCCUAUAAGAGGACACAAGAAGAAGAAGAGAGAUUUGAUUUUAUCCUGACACUGAGGCAAUCUAUGAUUUGGGACCCACAUCAUUUCUCUCUCCUCCAUUUUUGUGGUGUUCAUUCUUCUUGUAUAGAGCUGUAUUUGUAUAUAUAGAAGUAGUUGCACAUUGAUUAUUUGUUCUGUAAUUCUGUUAAUUGUUCUCCACAAAUUAUUCAAAGAAGAAGAAGAUGGAUCAUGCAGCUGAUGCAGCACGGACGGAUUUGAUGACAAUAACACGGCAUGUGUUGAAUGAACAAUCCAAACGACCUGAAUCUCGCGGUGAUUUUACCAUUCUUCUUAGUCAUAUCGUGCUGGGGUGUAAAUUUGUAUGCUCUGCUGUUAACAAGGCUGGUCUUGCCAAGCUCAUAGGACUUGCUGGGGAGACUAAUGUUCAGGGUGAAGAGCAAAAGAAGCUUGAUGUACUCUCAAAUGAUGUCUUUGUCAAGGCCUUGAUAAGUAGUGGUCGAACUUGCAUUCUUGUGUCUGAGGAGGAUGAGGAGGCAACAUUUGUUGAGCCAUCCUUGCGUGGAAAGUAUUGUGUCGCUUUUGACCCUCUGGAUGGAUCUUCCAACAUUGACUGUGGCGUUUCAAUUGGCACUAUCUUUGGGAUUUACAUGGUCAAAGAUUUUAACAAUGUAACUCUUGAUGAUGUCCUAAAACCUGGAAAGAAUAUGGUAGCUGCUGGUUAUUGCAUGUAUGGAAGCUCUUGCACGCUUGUCUUGAGUACUGGAAGCGGUGUCAAUGGUUUCACACUUGACCCAUCUCUUGGAGAGUUUAUUUUAACUCAUCCAGAUAUCAAGAUCCCAAAGAAAGGUAAGGUCUACUCAGUGAAUGAAGGCAACGCAAAGAAUUGGGAUGGCCCAACAACAAAGUAUGUGCAGAAGUGUAAGUUCCCUGAAGAUGGUUCACCACCAAAGUCUCUCAGAUACAUCGGAAGUAUGGUUGCUGAUGUCCAUCGCACUUUACUUUAUGGCGGUAUCUUUAUGUACCCUGGUGAUAAGAAAAGCCCUAACGGUAAACUUCGGGUUCUCUAUGAGGUCUUUCCAAUGUCUUUCCUAAUGGAGCAAGCUGGUGGACAAGCUUUUACCGGCAAACAACGGGCACUCGACUUGGUCCCUACAAAGAUACACGAGCGAUCACCAGUAUUCCUUGGAAGCUAUGAUGAUGUUGAAGACAUCAAAGCUCUGUAUGCUGCCGAAGAGCAGAAGGCCUGAGCAUCCGCAGAUGCUAGACCGCACCAUAAUUUCCUCUUUCAAAUUUAAAUACGCUGCAUCAGGCAGCGGUUACAUGUGAACUAUGCUGGUAUAUAUGCUCCAGAAAUGUGCAUAACUUAGGAAUAUUUACAUUUGACUGAGCAUUGAUUAAUUGUCAAACAACUAUUAUUUCAUAUUAAUGUCAAUGGUCAAAAUAUCUGGUGUAUACCUCCUUGCAUUUUUUUGUUCGAUCUAGAAAGAGCAGUUCACGUGCCCCAGUGGUCAGACGUGAUUUAGGACAAGUAUAAGGUGUAUGAUCAUACAAUAAGGCUCUUUAAAGUUCGAACGAUGCCUACAAUGUUUAGGUCAAAUCACAAAAUUUCGAUCAUUUAGUCUAAAAUUUCGACUACUAUAAUGGUCGGUAACUUGUGAUUUGGCCUGAAUGCUGUAGACAUUGAUCAUUUGGUGGUUGUCAUUCGCAAAAAGAAAAAGCUACUGAGAUUGUAAUACGCAAAAAGUUCAAACUUUAAAUUUGUAAUUCGCAAAUAUUUUUUUUAUAGUUAAAGUAGUUUCAUUACA